AUGCAGAGCCUUUUGCCAAUUUUGCUCUUCCUAAGAGCCACUCUCGCUUCAUCUUGCGAUGCACAACCACUGGUUCUACCAAUCCGAGACGUUCAAAUACUCGCAGACAACGAAGAUUCCCUGAUGAGAGGGAUAGCGGCACAAGUCGGUACUCCGCCGCAGAAUGUUGUGCUUCUACCAUGGGCUGAGUUGAAUAACACCAUCAUCUACAAUAACCAGCCUUACUGCAAGAACGAUACAACGUACAGCGAUGAGUCUUGCAUCGUCGAAAGAGGUGGUUUGUUCAAUGAACAGGAUUCUACAAGUUACACAGAGGCAGACAACCUCAUCGCAGCCGGCGGUGCCACCACCGAGACAAUCUUCAAAGGGAGUGUUUAUGGCAUUAAAAACCUCCCGAGUCGAAGUAUUGGAGCUAUUGACAAGAUCAAACUCCAAGGCGCAGCCGAAAUCCCCAAGUUUCCUUUUGGUAUACCAACAUCCAACUGGGAUACUAGCCACACCACACUCAGCGCUCUGGGCCUUGGACGAAACUCAACGUACCUCAACGCUCUACGCAAAGCGGAGAAGAUCACUUCAAGGGUUUGGUCUAUAUUUUGGGGUAUUUACGGCGACGAAAAGCCGAUGGAUGGAUCGCUCGUUCUGGGUGGCUAUGAUGAGAUGAAAGUCAUGGGAGAUAACUAUACUGCGCCUUUGGUAUACGACCACUUUGACGGGUCUCGGGGCUGUUGGACAGGUAUGAGGAUUACCGUGACGGACAUUAAAGUCAACUUUGUGGAUGGAAUGAACGCAAGUAUCUUUCCUUCAGGAACAGCAUUGCAUUGCUGUAUCGAUCCUGCACAUCAUCUUCUAAUGGAAGCACCGAUGGAUUACAUUGAGAAAUUCAAGAGUAUCGCUGAUAUCGACACCACCCAUUCGACGACUGAUCUUCAUUGGAUGGCUCUUCAGUCCAGUAUCAAGAAACAAUUCAAGGGCGAUCUUACCUUUUAUCUAGAGUCCGGCCUUGAGAUUCGCGUUCCAAAUGACCAGUUCGUCUUCCCAGAAACUGAAAUCGACAAAGAUGGAUCGAGGGUAUACAACCUUACUCGACAGAACAUUCUCAUCAAUAAUGUCGAGGACGAAGCUCCGAUACUAGGACGGUAUUUCCUCACGGCUGCUUAUCUCAUGGUGAAUCAAGAUGCAGGUACUUUUACCCUUUGGAAAACCAACACCACCGAGGAGAGUAAACCUGUAAGAGUGUUUGAUCAAGAGACGGGGGACAAAUGUGGUGACAAAGCGAGCGGUGUAAUACAACCCUCUGCUUCUGCAACUGGUUCCACUCCGGGGUCAAAUGAUCAAGGAAACACUGGAAACAAUAAGCUAUCCGGCUCCAUGAUUGCCGGCGCUGUUUCUGGUUCCGUGAUUGGAGCGGCUCUUGUUUCUUUUGGCGUUUAUUACGUAUUGUACCGACUCAAGAAGCAAACCCUUAAGGAUACUUAUUAUUAUUAUCCUGCACAUGAAGAUAUGCAGAGGUCGAAUGUUUAUGAGAUGGAUAGUAGUCCAAUGGUUACCAAAGAGGACAGGAAGAGAAUUAUAUCUGGUUAG